UCAGAUCUUAAAUAUAUAUUUAUAUAUCAGUCGAGAGUCACAUGCUCUGGUGAGCCCUCCUGAAAUCAGCCAGUCUCAGUAAUUCUCAGUUCGAAUCUGAAGCAUUCGAAGGCGAGCGAACGUUUUGCAUUGUUGAUAAAGAGGGAACCCCCGAAAGGAAGAUGAGUCGCCACGAGAAUGUCGUAUGCAGGGGAUGCAGCAAGAUGGGGUUCACAGGACGCUGCUACCGCUGCCUGAGCUGCCCGAACUUCGACAUCUGUGCGGACUGCUAUGACCUGGACUUCACCACAGAGAGCCAUCUGUUCGACCAUCCGGUGAAGUGUGUGUACACCCCGGCCGAUGUGGAGCUCUACUUCGAGGGGGAGUACAUCAGCAGCGACCCCCCGCAGAGCUACAGGUGCCCCUACUGCAAGCAGUGGGGCUUCAACGAGGCCACGUUCCUGGAGCACAUCUCGGGAAUGCACCCCAACGCCAGCCCACUGCUGGUCUCCACCAUGAUCACCUUGUUCGAGCAGCAACAGGCCUCCCGCAUGUUUCUCGAGAACGAGCAGCUGGCCGCCAUGACGGCAGCGGCGAACUCGCGCAACGAGCAGAUGAACCACACUGAGGGCACCCUGGUCCUCCGACUGGAGCCACUCAAUCCCGACGGCAGCUACCGGAGGGAGUCAUCAAAAACACAGACGGUGUUUGGCGAUGCGGCCGUGGAUCGACGGGUCGUGCUACGUCGGCCCGCAUCAGGCCCGUCGGAGGAAGUCCCUGAUGUGACCACUCAUGGAGGGGUAUCUGGCAGACGACGAAGUGUCCUCAGAGCUCCAGGGGGGUUUUACUUCAAUUUGCGCACAGUCGAAGGGGAAAAUUUUGGAAACUCGACCUCCCCAGGCCCGUCAAAUGAAUCCCAACAGGCACCGCCCGUCCCGUCGCCCUCGGGCCACCAAAUGAUGAACGACAUGAUGCGCUACUAUGGGACCACCCCGCUCCCGACCAGCCGAGCCAGUCGGCCCAGGACUCCAGUGUUUAGCCAGAGCCCUCUGUUCCACAACGGCCUGGCACCAGGCAGGCGAUACUUUUCCCACGAAACAGGUCGAAGCUUCUUCGUUGCGGAUGCGUUUCCUGAGUCUGGGCUCGGUCUGCCCCACCAGAUGACUGAUCUGCCAGCUUUCAGCGCGGCACCACCGAUGACCGCCACGCACGAUCUACAUGUUCCGACGCCACUUGACUUGGGUGCCACACUGCCCCUCGAAGACCAUGACGCCUUCACCCAGAGCUUGACAGAAGCUAUGAUCAAGAGCCUGAUGGCCUCCAUGGAGAAGCCGCCCCCACAGGAGAAGCGGGACACCCGUUACCUCUGCAGUCCCUUUCUUUCCCACGCAACGCGGGAGUCCCCGGAGCAGAACGCGUUCCUAGCCCACCGGGCCGAGUUUGUGUCCCAGCUCCUGGCCUCGACACUGCACGAGGAGGAGCCGGCUGAGGGUCUUGGAAUCUUCGAAGUCGACGGGCAGAAUCGUCCCACUCAAGCACCACAGAUGAAAUCUUUCCCGAGUUGCGAUCUCGCCGGGGCUGGCGAUGCGGAUAUUUCUCCGCGCUAAGCGAUCGCAGCUCCAAUCUCUCUCAUACGACAUGCGUAUGAGAGGCUGUCCAAACCAGCAAUGUUUUAUAUUUUAAAGAUUGUGAAAUUUCCAGUUUUGUUUUCGGAUGACUUUGAAACUCUUGCUUCGAGAGAGGCCAUUAAAUUUGU